CUACACAAAGAUGGCAAAGAAGCUUACCAUUGGUACUUUUUCAUUAAUCCUAACGCGGGCUCUAGCUAUUACAAUGUCAACCUUGUGUGUAUUUAAUUAACUGGCACCGUUGAAUCUGAAAUUUCUUAUUGGACUUGUUCACAUGACUUUGACAUAUGCACCCCUCUUGUGUGUGUGGGUGUAUAUAUUCAAGUAGAUCACUUCAUCCCAUCUCAUGCAUUGAAAGUCUCAAAAACACAUAUAUAUUACUCACCCUCGAUCGAUCUGAAAUGGGGAACUACAUUUCUUGCACUCUAUCAACAGCAGGAAGCAGGAAGCUGCAUUGGAGAGGCAUAAAGGUGAUAUUUCCGAGUGGGGAGAUUGAGAAGUUGGAAGAAGGAGUUAAAGCAGCAGAACUGAUGCUUGAGAUGCCAAGCUUCUUUGUGGUGAACACUCGGUCUCUAAAAAUCGGAGGAAGGUUUAGUGCACUGAACGCAGAUGAAGAGCUGGAGUGUGGCUACGUGUAUGUGAUGGUUCCCAUGAAGAGGCUUAACUCUUUGGUCAAAGCAUCUGACAUGGGUGCCUUGUUACUCACAGCAAAAAAAGUGACCAGAGUUGUUCCAGAGAAAGAAGAAUCAGAGGAGCCUAAGUUCAAGUUGGAUGAUGGCAUUCUAGAGUUUUCUAGCCCUGAGUUCAUGCAUAGGUUGUCUAUGAGCAGGUCAAAGAAGCCUUUGCUUGAGACCAUAGCAGAAGAACCUCAUGUGUGUUCAAGAUCAUGAUUCAUGAUUCAUGAAUGGCUUUCUUGUGAUUCUUCAUUCCCUGCUUCCAUGUUUAAUUACCAGUUACGUACGUACACGACAUCAUUUUUAGGAUUGGAAUUGUAUGUAUUACUAGAACUAAUUCAAGACAUGUAUGUAGUAGGCUAUUCCUAUAUUCAAUUGUUACAUUUGAUUUCAUAAGUCAUCAAUCCAAUUGUAGAUUUUCGCUUA